AUGCAGCUCGAGGGCCCAGAAGACGCUGAAAUGGGCGAUGAGGUGACGGAGGAGGAAGGCGUGUAUGUGGAAGAGGGGGAGGAGGAGGAGGUCGAGGAGGGCGAAGAGGAGGAGGAGGAGGAGGGCAGCAGCAGCGAGGAGGACGACCGGCGCGAGUUUGGCAUCUAUCAGUGCCUGCCCGUGGAGGCGGGGGAGCCCCGCUGGGAGGAGGGGGAGCCGCAGACGGUGGAGGAGUACCUGAGGCGCGUCAGGUACGAGGCGCGACAGCUGCCAGACGUGUCCGCCGCGCCGCCGCCGCCGCCGGCAGCAGCAGCCCACCGCCAGCAGCACGCGGCCGACGCCCCGCACAGCCAGCGGCAGGACGCGGAGCGGCAGCGGCAGGAGCGGGUGCAGUGCAGGGAGCACUACAGCAGCGCCUACCUGGCGGCUGACCCGGGGGUGGCGCCCUGCCACCCCUCGCUCAAGCCCAGCGCCGCAUGGACCCGAGACUUCCUCCACCAGUUUGCCCAGCUGCGCCGCCGGCUGCAGAGGGAGUAUGAGCUGAGCAGCGCGCAGGCAGCGGCGGGGCUGGCGGGCGGCGACGGCGGCCCGGAUGCGGCGGUGCAGGCUGAGCUGGCGGCGCUCAGCCUGGACCCGCCCUCGGCCUGCAUGCCGGAGCUGCAGCAGCUGCAGGGGCUGGACCAGCUCCAGGUGCGGCGCCAGCUGCACAGCGCCAUGCGCGAGGCGGUGCGGUGCGAGCGGCUGGCGCCCGAGGCGGCGGCGCACCUCUACGCCCUGUCGGCACGCAUAGAGAAGCCGCUGCAUGCAGGCACCUGCGCGCUGUACCGCCAGCUCCUGCGCCUGUGCGCGCAGCAGCGAGCGGCGCUGUGCGUGGAUGCGGCGCCCGCCGACCCGCUGCUGCCGCACCUCAACAUCCUCAUCACCCUGGCGGGCGCCUUCUUUGGGCAGGACGAGGAGCUGGCGGCGAUGUGGGAGGAGGACGAGGAGUGA